UUUGUCGAUUUUCGGCCAUUUUUGGUCGGUUUUUCACCAAACCACCUCCACACCCAUCCUUUUCUCCCCAUUUUCGGCCUAUCCCUUGACUUUGAGGUGAUUUGGACCGAUUUUGAGUCGCCGGAGGCAAUUUCCGGCGAGGCUCCGACGAGCACUUCCAGGCAGAUUUUGGCCCCUUCAUCACUUCCAUUGCCUUCCCCUCAUCAUCCCCUACACCUCUACUUGUGUCUCCAGGUUUGAUUUUGACCUUAACCUUGUGAUUUAUGGAGAAUUGGGUGAUAGGGUGUAUGUUUAGAGAACAACCUUGAAUCAUGUGAAUUGUGUGCAAUUGAUUGAGGGGAAAGCUUGGUUGGUGUGUGAAUGAGGUUGGGCAAUGUCCCUCUUGCUUGAUUGAGCCCUUGUGUGCUAUGAAUUUGUCAAUUCCAUGCUUAACUUAAUAGUGCACACAAGGUGUUCGAUGAAAUGCCUGUUUUUCAUGCCAUGUUGUGGGCGCCGGUUGGGGCCCUUAAUGAUGUGCUUUGAGGGUGUGUUUGCUAUGGAUGUGAACCUUGAGUUGCCUACUUUUUCAUGGAUGUGCACCCCCACCCCGAUUAUGCUUGUUUGAUCGAGUUUUUGACCCGAACUAUGGAUGAAACCAUGGUUCGGCUGUUUUCUGUUCUUAAGUGUGGGGGUGUGAUUGACCUUUCCUUUGGCUCUUUUGGUUCCACUUUGGGUUGUUCUUUUGCAGGACCAUGACAAAGCCCGACCUCAAGCACCCGUUUAUUCGAGAUUUGAAGAGGGGCCCCCACCAGGAUCGUUUUAAGAGUGUCAUGGCCUGCAAGUUUGGGCAGCACCAUUGCUGGUCCAAGCGGGAGUUUGAGAAGCUGAACUGCUACGAGCACUUCUCCGCCAUUGUCACCAACCGCCCCUGGUGCCGUCUACUCUGCAUUCGUGAGAAGGUUUACCACGAGCUUGUGAUUGAGUUCUGCACGACCUUCAAGCACGCAGACACGGAGGAUUGGAAGGACGGAGAAGCCGUCAAGUUUAGGCUCGGUGGUGCACCCCGAUCCAUGAGCUACCACGAGCUGGCGACCGCCCUCGGCCUCGGCCUGGCCGAUGAUGAGGAAUACAUCACCAAGCUCACUAAGCCAGAGGGGGUGGACUUUAGGACACUGUACACCUACCUCGCUCGGCCAGGCCAGCGUCCCUUCGCGGCGGGGAAGACGAAGGCCAGCACCUUGCAGCUCGACAACCGCAUUCUCCACCACUUGCUGGCAAAGUCCUACACCCCAGCUUCGGACAGUGACAACGCCAUCACCCGGAGAGCCAUGUACUUCAUCCAGUCCAUGCGCCAGGAGGAUCAUCUUCUCCACUUGGGUUCUGUGGUGGCAAGAACCUUCGACAAGAGUGCUUCAGAGCUGAAGAAACUUCACUACACUCCCCUCAUCACCCGCAUGGCCACCUACUUCCAGAUAUCACUGCAGGGGUGCACAGAGCAGGGGGACACCACUGUCUUUGGCGCAUAUACGAUAGGUCGCAUGCACCUGCUUCGAGAAGAGCGAGGAGUCAAGUGGAUCGAGGGGUUUCCUCAACCUCUGAUCCCAGCGGAGGAGCAGCCGGAGGUUCCGGAGGAUGCGGCUGAUGAGGAUGUCCACCCCGAGGAUGUGGAUGAUACUGCUGCCGCCCGCCCCACCACCUUCGAGUACGGGGGGUGGUAGUUCCACUUUCCCCGGCCAGGACUACUUCACUCAGCAGUUUGAGCAGCUGCAUCUCCAGAAUCAGCAGCUCUACGACCAUCAGCUCUAGUUUCAGCAGCAGUAUUCGGCUUACCAUGCCGAGUACCAGACUCAGAUGGCUGCUUAUGAUGAGCGUCUUGAUCGGAUGGAGACCCAGCAGGGGGUGACCCUGGCUCGCAUAGAGAGGGAGCAGGCCCGAUCUCGGCGCAUGCAGGAGGUUCAGCAGCACCUGCUCCAGCUGCUACCGGGUGAGCAGCCAGUCUGGAGGACUCCCUGGGAGGACUCUCCACUUCCACCUCCACCAGCUGAUGAUGAUGAUGCAUUCAUGAAUGACAUCAAUCUGGACAACCUUGGCGUCGAGUAGGUUGUACUUGUCGCCCCUCAGUGUGUGUUUUUAGACUUUUUAUGUUUGCUCCAUGUGUUUGAGGAGUUUGAACUGAGUCUGUCGUUUGUUUUUGUUCUUUUGGUUUUCUUUUGUGGAUUGUUUCUUUUGUGGCCAUCUGGGCCAACUAUGAUCCCUAACACCCAGUGUGUUAGUGUGUUCUUGUUAUUCCCUUCGUGCAGAACUGCCCGUUCAUUCCAUAUGUUCCCCGCCGACUGGUCCACUACUAGUCUCCCGCAAUUUUCAAUCCGGUAACAUCGUUCCCCUUCUCUCUCCCUAUGCUCGAUUGAGGGCAAUGUCGUGCUUAAGUGUGGGGGGUGCUUUGUAUCGGUUGGAAUCUCUAUACAUGUGCUUGGAGCCUAUUCCACUGUCCAAAUCUCAAGAUUUGAGGGCUCCAAGUACGGCUGUUUGAUCAUAUUGGCACUGUGUUUUGAUUGGUGAAUUGAAUGGCUGAGACGUGCAGUAGAGUUGUGUAAGGGUUCAGUUUUUCAACUGCUUGCUUACCAACUGUGACUUGGAUUGAUCACUUGUUCUUGACAAUAUUUUAUGCAUAUAGUUCAGGGAAUCAGAAUGAGAGAUAGAUCAUAUAGGUAGACAUGUGAGAUUUGUGCCUGCUCGUUUCUUUCUUGUGCGAUAGUUCCCUCUUCCAUGAUGAUGGAGGCAUAGGAUUAGCCCACAGCCAAAUUGACUUUCCUGGUGUGUCAUACCCCCUAGUCAGCCCUUUGAGCCGUGUGUUCUCCUUCCUUUCGGUCUGCAAUGAAAAAUCACCCUUUUG